AUGCUGGUGCGGGUCCGGCGGCUGCUGGGCUACUGGAAGCCGCUUUUCACUGGCCGCCUGCUGCUGCUGACCAACACGGCCAGUUCCGGCCUGCUGCUGGCCACCGGCGAUGCGCUGCAGCAGGCCUGGCACCACCGGCGCCACCCGGACACUGAGCCCCAGCUGGCACGCACAGGCCGCAUGUUCGCCGUGGGCUGCAGCCUGGGGCCGCCGAUGCACUUCUGGUACCUGUGGCUGGACUCUGCCUUGCCCGCGCGUGGUGUGCGGGGCAUGAAGACUGUGGUGAAGAAAGUCCUCCUGGAGCAGCUGGUGGCAUCGCCUGUCCUGGGCGUCUGGUACUUCCUGGGUGUGGGCACACUGGAAGGACAGUCGCUAGAGGAGAGCUGGGAGGAGCUGAAGGAGAAAUUCUUGGAGUUCUACAAGGCUGACUGGUGUGUGUGGCCAGCAGCUCAGCUCCUGAAUUUCCUCUUCGUGCCCCCCACGUUCCGAGUGGUUUACGUCAACGUUGUCACGCUGGGCUGGGACAUCUACCUGGCCUACCUCAAGCACAGGCCUGGCAGCCACCCGAGCCCUGAGCAGGACUCCCCAUGGCAGAGCCCACGUGGAGUGGAGAUGUAGAGAGGCAGCUGCCCCUAGGGACCACAGUGCUCAGCAGCCUCCUGCCCACAGUGGGAGGUGUUCUGAGCCUCACAGUGGACGUGGCUCAGAACACCCAAGGAAGGUGAUGGCCAGAGACCACCACAGCUGUUUGGAGCCACACUGGUGCCACAGCCCAAGGAGCCUCCAGCUGCCCAGGGGUGGUCUUGGUGGUCUCCAGCCAUGCGUUUUUAUCUUUCUAUAGGGCAAGGAUGGCCCCUUGCUCCCCUCCAACACCCUCCUCUGUUCCCAUCCAUCCUGGUCCCGGCCCUGCUCCCUCCUUGGCUGCAUGGCAGAGGGAGGCUGCUGCUCCCCAAUACUUUCCUUGCUGGGUUUUUGUCUCCAAGCUGAAGUCCCUCAGCUCCCCUCAGCUCCUUUUCACUCCACCUGGCACCCCCCCACCCGGUGCCAGGCGUGGGCCUGGCUGCACCACCCCAGUGCUAUAAAAAUCAGGCUGUGAGCACUGCUGCCUGCUUGGCAGCGGCAGAGUCACUGCAGAGGCAGCUGGGGGGGCUUUAAUGCAAAGUUUGGCAGGAUUUGGACCUUGGCAGCCCUCUUAAGGCAGCCCUGCAGCUCCCUAGGCUGAGCUGGACACUCACCCCAUAACCUGGGAACUUACCAGUGAUGAAAAAUGCCUAAAUGUGAUCUUUUUCAAACUUCAGGCUGUGCCUUUCUUGGUCUAGCUUUAUCCAUCUCCAGGGAGCCACCAGCCUUCCCACCACGCUGCUGAGCCAGGCAGGAGCCAUUUGCUGCAUGCUAAUUAAGAACCCAGAUCAUUUUUCACAGCAGGGUGGGGGUUGGAAGGGACCCAGUCCUCCCUUGCCCUGCUGGCCACACUCCUCUCAGUGCCCCCCAGGAGCCUCUGCCAUGAGGACACAGUGCUGGCUAUGAUGACCUUGUCCCCCAGCACUUCCCAGCUCCUUCUCCUUGGAGCUGCUCCCCAGCAGGUCACCCCUUCAGUUGUCCUGGUGCAGGAGGUUCUUCCUCCCCAGGUGCAGACCCUACCCUUGCCCUGCUUGACAUUCAUAGGGUUUCUCCCAAUCCAAUUGGGGGUUUUGGCUCCUCUUUGACAACACAAGGCUGAGGAGAGCCAAGGCUGCCCCCAUGGAGCUCUCUCUGUCCCUCCACCCCUGCAAUGAGCCCAGGAGCCAGUGAUCAGCAUCGAUUUAUUUCUUCACACCACUUCUCCAGUACAGUGAUUGUUAGGAAACUGAACUCUUUUGACACUUUUGACAUUUGUACAGUACAGGAACUCUGCCAGAAGUAAACUUCACAAAAAAUAGGAAAGAGGAAGGAGGGGGAGAAGGGGUUGGGGGUCUGGGAGAUGGGGCAGGGGGAGCGUGUGUAAAAUAAAAAAGACACAGCUCCAAGAAAAAUAAAUAGAGGGCAGCAAGACCUCCAGGUCCAUCACUGCUACAGAACAGCCACAGGUCACAGUCUGCACAGAACACGAACUACAGAACACA